AUGCUGGCGAGAUGCUCAAGAGAGGCGCCGAAAAACUUCGAGAGAGCCUUCAGGCCACUAAGGCCAGGCCCGUCGAGGCGAUACACUUCGUCCUCCCCCGAAAAUCCACCAAAGCCUCCUGAUGCCCGAAACCACUCGCCUACCUUUCGCCGCCUCGCUGUCGGAGCCGCGCUGGGAUCUGGCCUGUUCGCACUUUGGCAGGCGUACCUGUACUCGGUGAAAGGCGACUCGUUCGCCGCAUACACGCUCGUCGCGAAGGAACCUGUCUCGUCGACCGCAAGCAUAUUCCACCUGGUACCCAAGCAACAAAACCACAACUACGAGCUCUACCAGGAUGCGUGGAGGAGAGGUGUCUGGAAUGUGCAGUUUAAGCAGCCGCAGCUCCAGAUAGUCAGGGCAUACACACCCCUGCCGCCGAUCGACGAGAAGACCGCGCAAGAGAAGGGUGAAAUCAGGUUCUUGAUACGAAAGGACCCGUAUGGCGAAGUGUCGAGUUAUCUUCACAGAUUGCGUUUGGGCGCAGACAUCGAGAUGCGCGGACCCAACUUGGAGUAUGAACUAGGUCCAGAGGUGCGACAGGUGGUGUUCUUUGCGGGUGGCACGGGUAUCGCCCCCGCUUUACAGGUUGCGCACGCCUUGUUUGAAGGGAAUAAGCCCGCGGAAAGCGACGCGGCAAACAAGCAACGAAAGCUGCAUAUCUUAUGGGCAAACAGACUGCGCGAGGACUGCCUGGGCGGCAUCAGUGACGACCCCCCCCCGGAACCACUGCCCCCCAAACCAACCUGGUCGGGCUUCUUUGUCAAGUCGAAACCGAAGCCACCACCUCCAGUUUCUGAGAAAAAGGGCGUCAUCGUGCAAGAAUUAGAGGCCUUGAAGCAAAAGUACCCCGGCCAAAUCACGGUGGAGUACUUUGUCAACGCGGAGGACACGUGGAUCGACGAGGACGCCGUCUUCCGAGCCCUCUCCACGUUCGACGACAAGGACUUCUCAACCGGAUACGGCAUCUCCCCGGAACAGAGGCAGAUCCUCAUCUCCGGCCCACCCGGCUUCAUCGCCUAUCUCGCCGGCCCCAAGGAGUGGAAAAACGGGAAGGAGGAACAAGGCGCUGUUAGCAAGCUUGUUGCGCAUGCCAUCUCGAAGAAUCCGCACAAUGUCAAGGUGUGGAAGAUAUGA